AUGUCAAUUGUCAAUCCGAAAAAUCACUGCACGAAAAAAUUUAAAUUUGGAAUUGUCUUGUCAUAUCACGCAUACGCAUUCGAUGCGCUAUCGCAAUUCGAGAUAUGUGCGACGGCCGCGACGAACGGUUCCAGAGUAACGAGAGGAGGCGAGAGCUCAUCCCUAGAAUCCCGAAUCAUACCCUCGCCGACCCGGGCCCCUCCCCUCGCGCCCCGGCUGUCUUUGUACAACACCCCUCUCUUUCGUACGAGUUACGGGGUAGCUGAAAAUCUUGUCUAUGCUCCUUUGUUCACAUAA